AUGCAGGCUGGCCGGCUCCUUCGCUUCGUAAUGAUCCCACUCAUGUCUAAAGCAGUCUAUCUUCAUGAAAAUGUCGAUUUCGACACGGACGGUUUCAUCAAGCAGUUGAAAGCAAAAGGGUUGACCGAUAAGGACAUUGUUAGCACGGCGAAUGCAAAGUGGUACAACCAUAUCGCAACGGUGAUCUUCCUGCAGCUGCUUCUUGUGUUAAUAAUUUGCCUUAUACUUGUUGGUGUCUAUUUUCUAGUAAAAGAAAUCCAGGCAUGGCAUGCAUUUUCUCAAGCACAAAAGGAAUAUAUUCGCUACAAACCUCCGCCAACUAAUCACUGA